AUGACGACACAACGAAUAAUUUCAGAUGUUCGAAAAGUGAUAAUUGCCCAAGCUAUCGGUGGUAUUUUCUUCUCGUUAUGUGGUGGUCAACCGAUGAUAAUAUUGCUCACUACUGUACCAUUAGCCAUUUAUAUUAAAGUGAUCUUCAAAAUCUCUCAAGAACUUGGCUACGAUUUCUUCGCUAUGUAUGCCUGUGUCGGUUUAUUCUGCCAAUUAUUUCUAGUUCUCUAUUCGGCAACUGAACUAUGCAGUUUGAUGAAAUUGGCGACACGGUCAGCUGAAGAGAUGUUCUCGUUGUUCAUCGCAAUAGCCUUCACUGUAGAAAGUAUACGGGCCAUACAUAAUAUAUUCCUCAAAAACUAUAGCGGAUGCGAUGCAACGAAUGACGGUAGCGGCAAUUUGUCUACCUUUAACAACACUUCUGCGGUUCUUCAGGAGGCUGUUCUUUGUCGACGAGACACGUCGAUACUGUAUAUGUUGCUGAUGUUUGGCACAUUAUGGCUUGGUCUUUUUCUGUAUAACUUCAGAAAGACGCCAUAUCUUACACGAUCACGUCGUGAAUGGUUGGCAGACUAUGCGCUACCGGCAUCGGUGCUUAUCAUGUCUUUCACCGGGUCCUACUGCUUCGCCGAUAUUGCCAAGGAUCGGUUCAAAUUGCGGGACGAAGUGCCCAUAAUGCAACCGGCGGACAUCUUCUCACUGCCACCAUCCGGCUACUUUGUGUGCCUUUUGCUAGGAUUCUCGCUGUCAUUUCUUUUUUUCAUGGAUCAAAACAUCACCUCGGCCAUCGUGAACAAUCCACAGAAUAAGCUGAAGAAAGGCUCAACUCAGAACCUCGAUCUAUUCGUGGUGGCACUUUUAAAUGUGUUCCUGUCGGUAUUCGGCCUGCCGUGGAUGCAUGGAGCUCUACCACAUUCUCCGUUACAUCUACGCGCUUUGGCCGAUGUUGAAGAACGUGUUUCACAGGGGCAUGUGCAUGAAGUGAUUAUGAAUGUUCGAGAAACUCGUCUUGCAACUUUGAUCGCUCAUGUGAUGAUACUGUUUUCUACGCACUAUUUGAUACCAUAUCCACUUCAACUGAUUCCUACGUCGGUGCUGCACGGAUUAUUCUUGUACAUGGCGCUCACAUCGUUAUCGGGCAACGAAAUGUUUGAGCGGUUACUGCUACUCAUUACUGAACAGCAAGCUUAUCCGCCCACUCACUACAUCCGAAAAGUUCCACAACGAAAGGUUCAUCUGUUCACCGCCUGUCAACUACUUCAACUGAUCAUACUGUGCGCAUUUGGCUUCUCUCCAUAUCCGUUCAUUGAAAUGGUCUUCCCUAUCGUAUGCUUCUUCUUCCUCCCAAUCAGGCACACACUCAUCCCACGUCUCAUUGACUACAAGUAUCUCGACGCGCUCGACGGACGACACUGA